AUGGCCGAACUAUCAGAUGAGCCGCCUUGUCCACGACAAGAGCUAUAUCAGCCUCUUUCUUCAACCGAGUAUCGAAUAGUCCAUCUCUUCCCUGGCGACUUUCCCGAUGAUAUCCAGUGCGCUUUGCAAAUACGAGACGAUUCCGUAAGAAGCAGAUAUGAAGCAAUCUCUUAUGAAUGGGGCGACGAAUCGAAUGCCAAGCCGAUCCAUGUUGCACGGCUUGAUGCGCUCGUAAAAAGAGUCUCGAGCCUUCGAGGCACUCAAUUAGUUGAGUGUAUUUCUCUUCUGGAUAGGCUAGCCACCCAGCUCGAACGCAGCCAUACUAUGCUUUUCUACAUUUUCCCUACUAUUUCGUUUGGUUGCCUUCUUUGGUGGAAUCUAUCCUUUGUCGAACCAGCCUGGGUUCUCUUUUCCAUUCCCACAUCUCUCUCUCGUGCUGCUACAUGCUUGUUUGCUGCUAUAAACUUGGCUUGGGUCUGCCAAGCAUCGUACAGGCUGAUGCAAGAGCGCCUAAAGAGCAGGUUAUGGACCUCAAGGACAACUGACUGGAGAAUUCGAGAAAAGGAUGUAUCCCUAUCCAAAUUUGAGACUCUUCAUGUCACACCUAAUCUGGAGAAUGCGUUGCGGUAUUUGCGGAGGAACAAGGGCGUUCGUAUCCUCUGGAUUGAUGCUCUAUGCAUCGACCAGAAAAAUGAGGCUGAGAAGCUCAUGCAGGUCCAGAAGAUGGGUUGGAUAUACGCUAAUGCCCAUAUGGUUACAAUAUGGCUCGGAGGUUAUCAUGAUCACCCAACUGGCCAGUCCUGUAGCGACACGGGCAUCGUUUGUGCACAUCAGGAACGAAUCGAGUUGGCCUUCGCUUGUCUUUGGGGUUCGCACUGGGGAAUAUCCCGAUGCUUUCGAGCGAUUGGAUACACGAAACCCUUUAAGAAGUCACAAGCAGGCAUCCAUCAUAUUAUCAAGAGGGGAUGGUGGCAGAGGCUAUGGGUUAUCCAGGAAGUGGCCCUUGCAACCGGUGAUGUUAAAUUCCAAUGUGGUCACAGCACAUGCAGCUACGCCGAUUUUCACACUUGGUUCUCUCACAUGCCUGCGAUGUAUCCUGAAGCUCUAUCAUUCGAACAGGACAACACACAUGUUGGGUACUUCCUCGACCUGAUAAGAACAUUCCGGUACGAUCUCAAAACCGACCAGUCAUUAUUUGCCUCCGGCUCCAUAGUAUACGAAGUGGAAGUUUUUGCGAGGGAUCUUUGCAAUAUCCUACUAAGGACUUCUGGGAGUUUCAAGUGUCGGGACCAUGAUGAUCGCUUAUACGCGGUACUUGGAAUUGUGGCGGGUGUGAGUCGCGAUACAUCUGGCAAUUCAUCUAAAUUUUCAUAUUUCGUCUGCUCAAUAGCCACGCUUGGAUUUCUCGGAAUCUCGAAAGUUCAGGACUCUCUUCUCAGAGAAGUCUGUAGGGACAUUCUCUUAACCUUAUUGUGUCUUGCCACGAUAUUCUGCGAAAUUGGACCGAGGUACUGGGUCAAAAACCGACCGAGCAGCAUUAGAGACUCCAGUUAUGCCAUUAGAAGUAUCACAGGACACCAGGGGUAUCAGCUCUCUCGGGUUCAAUUUUUCACCAAGCUUGCUCACGGCCUAGCAGAGCAAGCAAAAAGUUUAUCGUUUCUCGAAGCGGCGAGCUGCGGUGAAGACGAAGACCCAGCCAUGCCAUCAUGGGUGCCUAACUGGUCCAGGGAGGUCCAUCCGCCGGCAUGGGACUUCGCCUAUAAGGACAUAGGACGCCCCUUAUUCGCUGAUCACGACGCCUUCUCCUUUCUCGAGGAAGGAAGGGUUAUUGAUGUCCAGGGAUAUCGCGUCCCUGUUGCCAACCUAUGCACCAUAGCCGAUCUCGACGAAAUUCCAUUGCCUCACAUUAUGAUGGGUCGAAGCCCUGACUAUGAGGAAGAUCUCGCGCUUGUAGAGCAAAUGAUGGAUCCCCACACGGUCAAAAAGCUUCUCUUUGAAGACAUAUGGAAUAGAGCUACUACUGGGCCAAUAGUACACAUUCACGACCCGGGCUUGAGUACAAAGGGAGCAAUAGGAUAUCUGAAAGCUGGAAGCAUGGCCGCGGGAGACCAUCUCGUCGCAGUACCCAGCUGCUUCCAUAAUAUUGUGUUGAGACCUUGUGGGUUCAAGGGCGACAGGCCCUCUCGUUGGAAACUUGUUGGACUUGUGGAGGCCUGUAGGUAUGGAGAUUGGCUUUUAUUACCAAGAUGGAAAGAUCCACAAAGGUAUCAGAUCGAAUAG